CUGAGGGCGAAGGGGGCGGAGCGAAGCCGGGUUGGCUGGAGCGUGUCGCUGCCUCUGCUGGGGGCUGACAGGCCUUCGCGGGUUCCCGUCUGGGACUGAGAACUCAGAGGUUUCAAACUCCAGCAUCUGAAACAUUUCAUUUGAUUCUGAAGAUGACACAGUGAUGAGUCUUCUCAUUUCCAGCUGAGGGCUUCUUAUUCCUACUUCCCACUGGACUGUGAUAGUCCAGGAAAUCAGAAUGGAAUGGCCAGCCAGGAAUCUGAAGUUCAAAGACUGGUACUAGAUAACGAUUCGAUGAUAGAAGGAAUAAGUGACCAGGUUUUGCUGGCGGUAGUGCUUAGCAUCACAUUCCUAGUUGCACUGACAUACAUGCUAUUAAGAGAUGGGCAAUCUGAUAUUCAUCCAGAAAACCAAGAGCUAGUGAGGGCAGUUAGACAACAAAUACAGUCGGAACAGGAAAAUAUAAUUGGUGACAGGCAACAUUUUUAUACUGAUUUGUCCUGCCCGGUGUGUUUACAACAGGCUACAUUUCCCAUUGAAACAAAUUGUGGACAUCUUUUCUGUGGUUCCUGCAUUAUUGCAUAUUGGAGAUGUGGAUCAUGGCUAGGUGCAAUACACUGCCCUAUCUGCAGACAAACGGUAACUUUAUUUUUACCACUUUUUGAUGAGGGACAAGAGGAUGCCGCACAGGUGCUUCAUGACGUUAGUGAUUACAAUAGGAGAUUCUCGGGACAGCCAAGAUCGAUUAUGGAAAGGAUUAUGGAUUUACCUACGUUAUUGCGUCAUGCGUUCAGAGAAAUGUUUUCUGUCGGUGGUCUCUUCUGGAUGUUCCGCAUCAGAAUAUUCCUUUGUCUCCUGGGGGCUUUGUUAUAUCUUGCAUCACCGUUGGAUUUUCUACCCGAAGCUUUAUUUGGAAUAUUAGGAUUUUUAGAUGAUUUUUUUGUGGUGUUUCUGCUACUCGUAUAUAUAUCUAUCAUGUACCGAGAAUUUGUAACACAGAGACUGAACAGAUGAAGACAAAUGUCAGGAAUUAACAUUAAAGUGCGUUAAGUGAAUUAACUAUUUUGAGAAAAAUAUCUAGACACAAUUUUGGUUAUUAAAUAGCCUUUGUUUGGUCAUCUUAUGCAAUCAAAAACACAUCUUUACUUCAAACAUGAGCCAGCAUAAAAUAACAUGAGAUUAUAAAAAUAGAUUACGCAAGGGUGAGGAAUUAAUGUCACGGUGAUUAGGGAACUGGAAAUUUGGUGUGUGAUAUUAAAAAGGUGUAACCCAUGCUUAUAUAUGUUUACAGUAGAUGAAUGAGUAAAUGCCAUUUAAGCCACCAGCUGUGACAAAGGGGAAUUGUCUUGGAAUAUUUUAUUUGAUUUAGCUGGACAUGUGCUUAAAACAUUGUUCCAUGUAUAAUCUCAUAUUCAGUGUAAAGUUUCAAAAACAGCUUUAAGUUGUGGGUAAACAGGUAAAGGGAAUUUAAUUUUAAAUACAAUUGUUUAGAAUGUCUGACUAUGCCGGAAGUGCUCAAGCAGUGCAGUUAUUAAAUAAGCUCAAGCAGUGCAGGUAUUAAAUAAGCAUAAUAUUGCAUCAGCAGAGUAAGUACAGUAUUGUAACUAUGUACAAUUAUGUGUUGUGUCAAUAUAAUUUUUCCCUAUGGAAUUGCACUGUCCAUUAUGGAGAGAAUGCUGUUUUCUCCAUAACUAAUGAUUGUAUGUAGUAAGGUUUUGCAUUACAAUAUUCAACAUGUUUUUUUAACAGUAGAAGAUAGCCUAGCCUAACAUGAAGAUAGAUUAGGCAAAAGUUUAAGUUUAAAUUGUAAUUGGCCUCUUUAAUCAGGUGACAUACUAAAUGACAUAUUAAAUAAUUGCUGAUAGAGCCUAUAGCCAAAAUCUAAAACUGAAUUUUAUAGAAAAUAUACUUGAAAUAACAUGGGGACCAGAGAUAUACGGUUAUAUCAUAUAACCAUAGUUUAUAUGAAAAGUAUAUAAACAUCUUAUAGAGUAAACCUCAUUAAACAUUGUAGGCCUUCUCAGUAAGCACACGUAAUUUCAGUCUACAAGUCUUCUCAAGUUACAUUUCAAAGUGAUCUAAAACAUUAUGAACUGCCUUGUUUAAAGCCAUGCAUUUUCUCUUGAAGAAAGAGACAAUGACUUAACAAAUCUACAAUGCUGGAAAAACUAUAACCUUCCAUAUGAUGUGAACUGUAACUUCCAGCUUUCUUUGCUAUUUGUAGCCCUGGUUUGGACUAAUGGAAUAUCAUAACUAUAAGUUCUCCAUCCUGCUUACAUUAUUUCAUUUCAUAUCCCAACUGGAAAUACACUAACCUUUGAAGAACAUGCACUGUCUCCUUAGACAUAUGCAGAAUAGUGUCUUUACUAUAUAUUAAAAAAAUGAGAAUAGGCAUUUAAGUGCUUGGAUUGUAAAGAGUGCUAUAUAUAGUAUAACAUUUAAUCUCCAAAAAUAUAAAUAUUGAGAGCUGAGCUAUAUGUGGAAUGUGCUUAAACCCUUAAGCAUCCAUGAAAUAAAUUAUUUAGGUCUUGCUUUUUAGCAAAUGCCUGCAGAAAUUGGAAGUUUUGUUGUACGUUAAUAAAUAUAAUAUUUUUUAAAAGAAGACGUUGCAGACAAGAUCAGACCAUUUCUGGUCUGAAUUCUCUACGGCAGUGUUGUUAUUAUAAAGACUUAUAUUAUCUUAAAAUUAUUAUUAGCCAGAUUUUUAUUAUUUUUAUUUAUAUCCCACCUUUGUUUUUAUAAACAACUCAAGGCAGUGAAUAUAUCUAAUACCUCCACAACAUUCUAACAUAUUUUUUAUUUUAUUCCCAUUUAAAACUGAAUUUUGAAUACUGCUUUAAUGUUGAAUAUUGACUAAUUUUAAACAUUUAAAUGCCAAUACAAUUCUAAAUUAUGAUUAAUGGGGGGUAUAAUUCCAGGUCAGAGAGGAGCCAAUGUUUAAGUCUUAUUUCCAGUUAGAGGAGAGGAAACAUUAUAUGCAUUAACAUUGACUUUAAAAAAUCCAAGGCUUUUAAUUUGAUGAAAUUGUUGCCAAAGAAAUCUCCCAUUAUUAACAAGCUUAUUUGAUACAACAAAAUUUUUCUUCAUAGACUCUAGAUGAAGUCUGGAUUUGAAACGCCAUUUUGAUUUUUGCUUCCAUUUCUAUGCAGGGGUUCCAAGUGCCAAUUUGAACAAAUGAAUAUGUUGGAAUGUACAUGUUGAGUACAUUUGAGUAUAUUUUUUGUAAAAUGAAUGUGUCUCUCUUGUUAUCUUCUCAAAAUGCUGAAUGUGACCACGGUCUAAUUUUUCUUGAAAAAUGAACCAUUUUCAUUGUUAUUUCUGUAAACAUAUGUCUUAAAUGUUCAAAGUUAUAUCUGGAGAACAUGUUUGAAUGCAUCUGCUGCAAACUAAAGCUUAUAGCAACUUGUUCUAUCCAUAUUUGAACUGAAGAAAAGGGAACAUGAUACCAUAAUUUAGAAAAAGAAACUACUUUUUUACUAACCCUCAUAAUACUUCACUCACUCCCUUGUCCUCAGUAGCAUCUCGACACAGUUUCUUGGCUAACUCAGGUAAAAUUCUAGCACGAUGUGAAUUUUGAAGGAAGUGAAUUUGGCAAGUACCAAGCCUGUGUGUGGAGGGCAGGAAAGGUAGAGUCAUAAGUUAUGAAACAUAGAAUCUGGAUCAUGUAUAUAUGUUUACAAAGAAGAAUUAUCUUCAGUCUUAUUUUAAAGGCCUUCGUGUGAUAUAAGUGCAGAAUCAAAGCAAUUAGGUACUUAUUGCUUUCUGUUUUUAAUUUUGGGUGAAAUUGAGGCAUUAUACUGAACAAAAUAGCUAUAAGAUAAUUACAAAGAGCUUUAAUACCCUAUUUUUUUCUGAACCGGCAAUGGGGAAAAAGCUCCAAUAUGUCACACGACAUCAUGUGACGUCGUGAGUUUGACAUGUCUGUUUUAAGAAGUCAGUUCAGAUAGUAUCAUGCUUUCCAAUUGCUGACUGUUUAGAACUUUUUUCUGGGAAUUUUUCUAAAAAUAAGUUUUUUCAUCUCAUGCACACAGCAAAGGUUAGCCCUUCUCAGCGUAGUUCCUUCCAGAUUUUGGCAGGGGUUGAGGAAGAUAAAGAAUAAGCCUUCCCAUUAUCUUUUUUCUUAGCUUCUACCCACCCUCCAACGUACACCCAGAUUGAAUCUAUAGAAAGAAUGUAACUGUUAAUAUACAGUUAAUUAAACCACUCACCUAUUCUUUUUUAAGAAUUUGGCAAAAACUAUCAUAAUGCCUCUAAUGUAGUUGUAAUAUAGACAUAAUCACACCAUUUUGCAUUACCUCAGAUGAGUACAGUUGCUUUUAUUGUGCAAGGUGAAAAAUAACUAGAUUUGGUUGUAAUUUUAUUAUGCAAGGUGAAAAAUAAGUAGAUUUGGUUGUAAUUCAUCAAGAAAAACUUCCUCUGUCAAAUCUUUGAUAUAGAGCGUGAAUAAUCUAAUCUCAUUUUACAUGCUGCCUACAUAUUUAGAUGGGUACCACCAUAUACAUACUGCACUAAUUUCUAAAAGGAAUUGAGAUUCCUUAAACAAAGGGGAUUCAAUCACCAGUUUACAUGCAGUAAUCAAAUGUCACAUUCAAAGUUAGUUUUACAUUAUUUGAUUUAGAACUGGUUUUUUUUCUUUUUAAAAAUAUUACCUGUUGAGGCUUAGUUUUCAGGACGGAUUGUACAUUUUAUGGCUCUGAAAUCCUAUUGUUGUUGUUAUUGUUGUUGUUUGUCAUUGUUACAUUAAUCAAGAGAUCAUAAUGUUAUUGCAGAGUAGUAGAAUUUACCAGCUCUGUUGUAGGAUAUACAUGCGUGCUUUCCAAGAUGCACCACAAUAGGGCGAGCUGGCUUUGCACCAGAAAGAAAGACAAGCAGCUUGUCAUGGUUCCGAAAGAUGAAAAUCUUCAAAGAACUUUGAGGCAUUGUUUACCUUAAGGAACCUUUAUUCGAGCGGCAUAGCUUUGGCACGUAUAUAGUCUAAGCUAAAAUCUGACUUCCCCUCCCUUCAGCACAUAGAUCAAAGCACAAUUCCCUCCUACAGCUAAUAGUCAUAAAUCACAUUCUCCAAUUAGUUUGAAAUGCUGUCUUUCUGCCCAGCUCUUUAUCCGUCAUGCCUUAUCAGCUCUUAUUACAAUAUUGUAUGUCUAACUAACUCCCAUCACAUUCCCCCCUCCCCCAGCGUCAUCUAAUUCUAAGAGUAAAGUAUAAGAAAGAAAAAGGCUGCAUCUCCAUAUGUUGUCAAAGCAAGAACAUCUAAUGUUAGCAGCGUUGACACAGCUCUUCCUGCAGUGUCAUCCAAGAACUUCUCACUUCCCCAGAGCUGCCUUGUAAAUGGGCGCUGCAACCGGGAAAGUUCAGAGCUGGCAGGAAUUUGAUUGCCUGAACAGAGCACCAACUCAUCUCCCCCACCAAAGUGGUACCUACUGUGUUUCCCUGAAAAUAAGACCCGGUCUUAUAUAUUUUUUUGGACCAAAAGACACAUGGCUUAUUUUGGGAGAUGUCUUAUUUUGCGGCCAUCCGCCCACUCCGUCCCACCGUCUGGUUGCUCACGGCUACAACGGGGCAGGAGACCACAAGGCAUGCCGCUGCCACUGCCAUGAGUAACAGCAGAAUUUCCCCGGAACAGCCUGGCCGGUGCCAGCUGCGUGCUAUUGAACCCUAAGUGCCCAGACCAGAGCCUCGGCAGGCUUAAAGGAGAUGGGUGCUGCCUUGGAGUUGUCUCACACAGCUCUAAGGGGGAAGCAGUGGUGGCAGCGGAGCACUCCACUCAUCACCUGGCCUGCCCCAUUGCGGCCACCAUCCCACCCUGGAGCCUCCGCCUCCUUACCAGCUCGAGCCUCCGGUCUGGGUGCUUAGGAUUAAAUAAUGUGCAGCUAGUGCCAUCCCUGGGAGAUUCUGCCAUUAUUAUUACUACUACUACUGCUGGGCCAUGCCCCGCCCCGCUGCUGCCUCCCAAGCUAGCCGAUGCACAUGAAAAUUCUGGGCAGGGGGCGAAGGUGGAACUUGGGAGGUAGAGGCCCCCAUUUGCAAGCAGACGAAGCUUCCAGUUUUCCUCUGGACGAAAAGUGUUUGGGUGCCUAUUGGGCACUUGGAAACUGAGUGAUUUCUCUGUUUCCAAGUGCCGCAUAGGCACCCAAACACUUUUUGCCCAAAUGGAGGAAUGACAGAGACCGGAAACUUUGUCUUCUUGCAAAUGGGGUGCUUGGAAAUGGAGAGAAUCGCUCGGUUUCCAAGUGCACCAUUUGUAAGCAGAUGAAGCUUCCAGUCUCCCUCUGGGUGAAAAGUGCGCAGACCAUCCGGAUCACCUGCCAUCCCCCCUACCUCUGCCUCCACACUCGGUCUUACAUGUGCUGCGCCAAGGCGCUGGCGGGCUGCAGCUGCUGCUGGACACCAUCAGCCCCUGCACACUCACAGUCUCCUGUGCUUACCACGCCCACCUACCCAGGCUUAUUUUUGGAGUAGAGCUUAUAUUAGGCCCACCCCAAAAAAUCAGGCUAGGGCUUAUUUUCUGAGUGGGUCUUAGUUUGGAGAAAACCUGGUAUUUGUCUACUCACAUAGAACAUGCUUUCAAAUUGUUAGGUGGACAGAAGCUGAGGCACGUGACGUCAUUAAACCACUGAGCCACUGCGUCUCUUCUGAAAGCCCAGUUUAUUAACCAGACUAAGGCAAAACACUGGUUUAAGCUAUGCAGCCACUCUUUUUAGAAAACCUUUGCCAGAUAAAAUAUUUCAAUAGAAAUCUGUACAGGUAGUGCUUGAUUUAUUACCACAGUUGAGCCCAACAUUUCUGUUGCUAAGCAAGGCAGAUGUUAAAUGAGUUUUGCCCCAUUUUACAACCUUUUAUACCAGAGUUUAGUAAAUCAUUUGAUCACUAAUUGAAGCUGGCUUCCCUCAUUGACUUUGCUUGUCAGAAGCCAGCUGGAAAGAUUAUAAAUGGUGAUCUCUUCACCCCGGGACGGGGCAACUCCCAUAAAUACAUACCAUUUGCCAAGCCCUCAAAUUUUAAUUACCUGACCAGAGGAUGCUGCAAUAGUUGUAAGUGUGAAAAAUGGUCAUAAGUCACUUUUUUUCAGUACCAUUAUAAUUUUGAACAGUCAUUAAACGAAUGGUUGUAAGUCAAGGACUAUCUGUAAUCACAUCAUGCGAUCUAGUUAAACCCACAGCAUUUUAAAAUAAUUCUGCUAGUUAUUGAUCUUGUCAUUAAAAACAAUACUGUAUAUAUGAGUUAUGCUAAGAUGACUUUCACUUAAGGAAGAAUUAUACUACAAUACCAUCUAUAUUUAAUGAAGGUCAAACUCCACUGAAUACACUCUUUGAGCAGGCACAUACAGUAUAUGGUUACAGUAUUAGCAACUAAACUUGCUCAGUAAUGACCUGGAGACCUGAGGCUGUAGAUUACAUACUAUUACAUAUCUUUUAUACCAAAAUCUAAACCAAUUUUUGUUUUUAUUGUAAUAAAACCAUACCUGAAAUUAAAAAAAA